GUAAAUGAUUGCGGGUAAAGUCUGGAGGCUUCAGGCUUGAUCUGUGUUUGUUCCAAAAGAAAGCCAAGGAGGACGGUGUUAAUAAAGAGAGAUUUAACGGAGAGCUGUGCUUGGAAUAAAGUGGGCUACAAAAAGGUCAAAUUUGAUCAGUUGGAGCAGAUUACAAGGGCUUUAAACGGUGGUGUGGAGAAAUGAGCCGGGGCUGGGAAGGAAUAUAGCACAAGAUUGAUUUGGGGGGUGGAGAAAAGCCAGGACAAGUGCUUAUCAAUCCUAGAAGUAAGAAGAGCUGUGCUGGGCGCCCCAUGGCUCUGGCCUGAGCCAAGAAGCAGGCUGGCUGGUUUCUCCCCCUGCACCCACCCCUUCUCCCCUCCUCUCGGAUUGGAUUCGCCUUCAGCUGCCUCUUAGACAAUGGUUUCCUUAAUCUCUGACUUGGAUCCACUCAAAGACUGGAAAGUUUUAAGAGAGACGACCACAGAGUUAGCUGGAAGCCUACCAAGUAACGGCACAGCCAACAAGAUGAACGGCGCUUUGGAUCACUCCGACCAGCCAGACCCAGAUGCCAUUAAGAUGUUUGUCGGGCAGAUCCCCAGGUCUUGGUCGGAAAAGGAGCUGAAAGAACUUUUUGAGCCUUACGGAGCUGUCUACCAGAUCAACGUCCUCCGGGACCGGAGUCAGAACCCUCCCCAGAGUAAAGGUUGUUGUUUCGUAACGUUUUAUACAAGAAAAGCUGCACUUGAGGCCCAGAAUGCACUGCACAAUAUUAAAACUUUACCUGGGAUGCAUCAUCCCAUUCAGAUGAAACCUGCGGAUAGUGAGAAGUCAAACGCUGUGGAAGACAGAAAGUUGUUCAUAGGAAUGGUUUCGAAGAAAUGUAACGAGAAUGAUAUCAGGGUGAUGUUCUCUCCGUUCGGCCAGAUAGAAGAGUGCCGGAUCCUCCGGGGGCCCGACGGGCUGAGUCGAGGCUGUGCGUUUGUCACAUUUUCUACAAGGGCAAUGGCACAGAAUGCAAUCAAAGCCAUGCAUCAGUCUCAGACCAUGGAGGGCUGCUCUUCACCUAUCGUGGUGAAGUUCGCUGACACGCAGAAGGACAAAGAGCAAAGACGCCUCCAACAGCAGCUGGCGCAGCAGAUGCAACAGCUCAACACUGCCACCUGGGGGAACCUGACGGGUCUGGGCGGACUCACCCCACAGUACCUGGCGCUCCUGCAGCAGGCCACCUCCUCCAGCAACCUGGGCGCCUUCAGCGGCAUUCAGCAGAUGGCGGGUGAGUGGUGAACCACGCCUUUCCUCUGACUGUGCUGUUGUCUGAAUCCAGGGGGUUCAGAGGGCAAAGGAAAGCAGCAGCGGGGACAAAGAAGAACAAAAGCAAUUAGCAGCCCUCUUUGCUCUCUGGUUGGGGUGUAAAAAUUAGACUAGCUGUGGGAAAGCUGCCCUCCUGCCUCAGGCAUUUCCAGCAGUAGUAACGUGGGGGCACAGCGCGUUCCUGCAUAGUACACCCGUUGUCUUAUUUUUAAAAUUGGGAUUGGUUACUGGGGAAUUUCCAGCAAGAUUCUUGUAUCCAGGGCAGCCAAAAUGAUUAAUGUCCUUCUAAAAUUUUAAUAAUAGGCGCUCAAUAAAAAAACGGUCUGACCUCCAUAAUGAAAGCCUGGACUGCAGGCCUGUCUAUAAUGGUCUGUGUCCCCUGACGUCCACAGACAAUGAACAGGGUGCCUUUUCCACUGUAGUCCCCCAGUUGACAGAAUUGGGCAUCAGACGCUUUUAUGUGAAAGCAUAAUCUUUGUUCUUGAGAGAAAUCAAAGUGUGGCUGGAUUUGAAAGGCAGCGCGCGAAGGGUUGCUUUUUCUAAUGAGCUGUGUCAGCGGUGAGGAGGUGCGGUGACUAGUGACAGGUCACUCCUGCUGUGUCACCUUCAGGCUGGUCCCCUAACUUUCCACAGGGCGGGGCAGGCCGCUUGUGCAAGAAAUUGGAACACAGGUGCCAUUCACCUGCCGCGAGGAACAGCCAGAGCGCUUUUUCCUCGUUUCUUUCCAGAGAGGUGGGGAGCCAGGGCUAGGAGAAGCACAAGUUUUUGCCCCGUUAAAAUCAGGCAGUUUGUUUUAAUCAAGGACACCCUGAGUCAAUGUGCAGAAUAAAAGCCAUGAUGAAAACUCC